UCGUCGUUGGAGCACAAAGCCCAAAGCCUCGUCGUCCAAUCACGAAAUCGAAAUUCGCCCAUCGUUAUAAUAUUCGCUCAAUUAGCCCAUAGGGCAUUACAGAUUUGAUAACAACUUUGAUUUGAAUUUUCUCAAUCAAAGUAUAAGGAAUGAAUCAUCGUUUAUAGCAUUUGCCUCUCCUUUUACAUCCAUCGUAUAAUAUUAUUAAAUUGUCUAUAUAAUGAUUCGACCGUAUUGAUGAGAAACCAGUUUCAAAAAUGAUAAAAUCAAUCUCGCCCUUCUUUUUUUCUUUUUUUUUUUUAGUGGCUGGCCCUCGGUCAUGUGUUGCGUGGCCGUGCAAAUCAAGUCCAUCGGUCGAGUGCCCCCCCCCCUCGUCCAAUCACGAAAUCGAAUUCGCCCAGUUGCUCAUUAGAUUGAUGAUUAUGUCAGUGGGUGGGUCGUUUGAAUUUUGGGGUAUCUUUGUCGCCGUGUAGUCAACGACCUCAGCUGCACUUGCCUUUACAGCAGUGCUAUUAUGCGGAUGUCAUCAGGGUUUUGGCUGGCCAGCAGCGGGAUGAUCAAGUACAUACGUGAGGGUUGAUUUGGUGGGCGGAGUGUGACUGCUGCUGCUGCUGGGCGAGACGAAUGCGCGAAUCAGAAAUGUCGACCUUGCUUCAACCUCUACCUGUACAGCAACACCGUGGUGCAUAAUAAUAAUUGCAUCGUUAGUGAAUGCAUUGAGAAAAGGAACAUCAUUGCUAUUCGUUUUGUCAUGUCGCCAUUCUGCGUCAAAAGGACCGUCGCACAGCUGCCGCACAAAAUGUUCAACGUGAACCGUCGGGCGAUCGCUUGCGUCUUCAUGUUGGCCGUCAUGUGCAUGGAAUGGACGCUCUACUCAUCGGAUCAGAUCCAACCCAUUCGACAAAACGACUUGCCAAUGUUCCCCAUUCAACAUCAUCUACAUCAGCAAUCCUUCAUCGACUACUGGACACCGCAGCAGCCCGAACUCUACCACCUGAUUGAGAAUUAUUCAAAGGAUCGACUGCCGCUGCUGGCCAAGGAUGACCCGCCAUUCAAAAGGAUCCUCUUCUGGAAUAAGUUUUACAGCCAAAAGAGUUACCGGGUCGGACUCGGUCGGGACGCCUUGCGCCAAUGGGGCUGUCCCGUUUGGCAGUGCGAAACGUCAGACAACCGGUACGGCGUCCGGAAAUACGACGCCGUCGUCUUUCAUCAACGGACCUGGACGGCAAAGGAUUUGCCAAUGCGUCGCUCGCCUCACCAGCGCUACGUUUUCUUCACUUUAGAAUCGUCGGCAUGGCGUGGAAAUAACGUCAGUCGUGUGGCCAAUUUCUUCAACUGGACCAUGACGUACCGAUGGGACUCGGACAUGAUCUACCCUUACGGCUACAUCACCCCAACGGGAAACGUCCCACUUCAUCCCACUCCAAAUCAGAUGAAAUUCUACCUGUCCAAACCCACAAGAGUCAAUUACGCCAAAGGGAAGACCAAAAUGGCCGCCUGGUUCGUCUCCAACUGCCAUACAGUCGUGAGCGGCCGAAACGAAAUGGUCAAGGAGCUGCAGAAAUACAUGACAAUCGACGUGUACGGCAAGUGCGGGAAAUUCAAAUGUCGCAAGAAGUUGGGCGAGGACAAUUCGAGCAACGAGUGCCGGGACAUGGUGGCCAAAAAUUACAAAUUCUAUUUCGCCCUGGAGAAUUCCCUUUGCCGCCAUUACGUCACCGAAAAAUUUUUCGAGAACAUGCGCCGCCCGAUCCUGCCCGUCGUUUACGGCCUCCACGACGACCACGAAAAACUGGCACCGCCGCAUUCCUUCAUCAACGGCGCCAAAUUCAAAUCAAUGAAAGCCCUGGCCGAUUAUCUGAUCCUCCUGGACAAGAACGACACGCUGUACAACGAGUACUUUUGGUGGAAGCCUCACUUUCAGGUGCGGGACAGCCAACGGGACAAGAACCUGGGCAUGUGCCACCUGUGCGCCGCCCUGCACGACCCGACUCAACCGCGCCAAAUCUACCCCACUUUAACCGACUGGUGGGAAACCAAAUCCGAUUGCGUUUUCUCGCCCGCCAUCUCGUGAUGGCUCCUUUUGAUGAUAAAUCAAUCCACCUGUUCAUGUAUAAAUAAGGAGAAAAAACACGAAAUGUCAAAUAAUUUCAUGGCUGACUUUAGGUCUAUCGCUGAUGGCAUCCAUUUCAAGGGAAAUGCCAUUUGGCGUGUUGGACUUGUAAAUUAACUAUUGGGCAGUUAAAUAAUUAUCAAUUCGGACGUAUAAAUUGAUGAAAGAAUUCCGGGUAUUUUUUAAUUUGAAAACCGACAGAUGGUUGAUGACAAUUAAAUCGCUUUCUACGUAUGUAUAGUCCAGCGCAAAAUAAAUGUGAGACGACUUUUGUAAGGUCCAUUCGAUAUGGCAAGUGUGUAAGGAUGAAUUCGCAUUGCGUGUUACGUGAUACAUUGUAUAGUUUCAGCAGUUUGUCCUUCGCAUAUUUAAGAGUUCAUCGGCUCGCUAAUAAAGGAAAACUUGUUCUUCA